CUUAAACGAGGCCAAGAGUUUAGACGUGACGUAUCGUAUCUGGUGUUCUUCGUAAUACCUUUGAAUUUUGAUAUUUAAAUUUAAGCUGUCACCCUACCUAUGCCAGUGUCACAACCUGAGGGAACAUCCUAAGGAAAAUAUAAGUAGUCUGAUUAGAAAAUUGAUAAUAAAGUAUGAUGGAGGUUACCGUGAAGACCCUAGAUUCCCAGAAUCACAGUUUCUCUGUCCCUGAAGAUAUAACAGUGAAGGAAUUCAAAGAGAAAAUUGCUUCAUCAGUGGGCACUCCAUCAGACAAACAGAGAUUGAUAUUUUGUGGAAGAGUGUUGCAAGAUGAAAAGAAACUUAGUGAAUAUGAUGUUAAUGGUAAGGUCAUCCAUCUGGUUCAGCGUCCACCACCCCUUGUAUCUCCCACUACUGCAUCCUCUACUUCUAGCAACACCACUACUACUUCAUCAUCCAGUUCUUCUCGUCCUAAUGGAGGACAGUAUCACAAUCAUCAUCAUCACCACAGGGAUGGGGGUAGUUUUCUUUUGGGUGCUUUCACAAUCCCACAGGAUUUGGUUGAUCCUACAGAUGUACAGCAAAUUGUGCAAGAUGUUGUGUCAGGAAUGGGAGAAAUAGGAAGAAAUGCUACUGUCAUGUCUCGUACUUCAGAUGAUGGAUCUUCCGUUGAUGUUCACAUUAACCUUGGACAGGUUUCCAUGCAGUCUGAGGCCCAGCUUCGACUUACACAAGCAAAUCGGAUGGUCAGCCAGGCUAACCAGGCACUACAGGCUUUAGAGGUAGGUAAAUUCCAACAAUAU